AUGGAAAGGCUAUAUAACGCAGCCUGCAAGACUUUUAUUUUGCAGCAUCCGACCUUGCAUCAAGAAUGUCUGGCUGCAACGCGAAUAAACACUUACGAUGGCAUCUCUCUUUCGGGUAUUCUGCUGUUCGGCGCAGCCUUGAACCGCGUCAUGCUUGAUUCCCGCGCACUUCACUCUCUGUACGGUCCGAUGUAUGGGGCGCUCCCCGCUCGGGAACAGCAAAGGUUUUGCUUCCACCAUGUGAAUGUAGUACUGAAAGGUCUGCUGUUGGUCUGCGUAUCAUCGUCCAUUGCGCAGGUCACGAUAGGCGGCAAGGAAUGGACUGAUCUCUACUACGACGCCUGGCCAGUGACUCUCUGGGAGACAUCAACCUUCGCCGGCUACAUAGUUGUUGCAGUCAGUCUACUGGACCUGAUUUACGACACGAGUCUACGGCUCAUCUACGUGGUCCACCACAUGGGAGUGCUCCUUGCAGUGCAGGGUCUCGUUUUCCUCAUUGUGAACGCACCAGUAGAACGGGCACAAGAAUUGCGGUAUCUGGGAAAGAUGUCCGAAAUCGGCAUGUUCUGGGUUCUGUUCUCGGGCAUGCCGGGGUUCACAUCGCACCUGACGCUUAUACUCAGACGAUGCUUUGCGCAUGGGGAUGUGAAGAUGCGGAACCUUUACUACUACGCUUUCUGUGUAAAUGUCUCGGUAACGUUGCCUGUUGCCGCUUCGAUCGGUAUCUGUGCGCUUCAGGUUUUGUUCACCUACACUAAAUCGAAUAAGUGUCGGCGUAUCUACGCUGUGUAUGAAGAACAGGUAGCAGUGCUCAAUAAGAUCCGACUAUGA